AUGGCAAACGAAAUAAUUGACAUGAAAGAAACGGUCGAGAAACAUACGGACGUUUACGCCUUUGGCGUGACCAUGUGGGAAGUGUUUCAGACUCCGUAUCACAUACCGUACCAUGAAUGGAAUGCAGAUGAGGUCUACAACAAUGUGGUUGAAGGCACUUAUCGCCUGUCUCCUCAAGAAAAUAUGCCACCAGAACUGGGAGGUUUGAUGAAAGAAUGCUUGGGUGAGGGUACCUAUUUGGUCAUCUCAUUCGAGAAUGCUUAA